CUCUGAGAUAAAUGCUCCAUCUAUUGAAAGUCAGAUAAUCUUGUACAGAGGUUGGUGGAGGUUGGCGCGAAAUUUUCCAUAACCCAGAGACCAUAAUGUAUAACAGAAUAUAGUUCAUGGUGUAUUAAUACGUAGUUAUUUAUAGGAGACAGAUUUUAGUUUAUAAAUGUGCACGAUAUAAUUAAAAGUAUAUAAAAUUGUCGUAAUUCAUUAAUUAAAUUGCACACGUUAUUUCUUCGUAUUUUGUAACAGUGUGGUAUUACUGCGCAGUGGUACAUUGUACAUGUGGGUGAAUGCCGGCAGAAGAAGCGAAGAAUAUUACUCAUAUAAAGUAUUUAUAAAGUGUUGACAAUAUAGCGCCGAUUGCGACCACAAUGAAUGCAGGAACUACUCUACAACUUAUUCAAAUAUUAGAAAAGACUGUUUCACCAGAUAAGAAUGAAUUGGAGGCAGCCCAAAUUUAUUUGGAACAAGCGGCACAAACUAACUUGCCAGAAUUUGUGAGGACGUUGUCAGACAUUCUUUACCAUGGUGGUAAUAGUCCAGUGGCACGGAUGGCAGCAGGACUCCAGCUCAAGAAUACGCUUACAUCCAAAGAUCCUGCUGUUAAAACACAAUACCAGCAACGCUGGCUUGCCUUUCCAGAAGAAACCAGAGCUUACGUGAAGACAAAUAUCCUAGCUGCUCUUGGUACCGAGAAUAACAGACCAAGUUCAGCGGCGCAAUGUGUAGCGUAUGUAGCGGUAGCAGAGCUUCCUGUUGGCCAGUGGCCAGAACUCAUAGGUGUGAUGGUGAACAAUGUCAUCGACCCAACAAGUACAGAGAUGAUGAAGGAAGCGACGCUGGAAGGGAUGGGCUACAUCUGUCAGGAUAUUGAACAUGAAGUGUUAAUUGCACAAUCAAAUCAGAUAUUGACUGCUAUUAUUCACGGAAUGCGUCAGAAUGAGCCGAGCAACCACGUUCGGUUAGCUGCGACAACCGCCCUCCUCAAUUCCCUUGAAUUUACUAGAGCAAAUUUUGAUAAAGAGGUAUGUUUGCUUGUACGACAGUUUCAACAUUAAUUGUAUUCUGGUUUG